AAAGAAGAAUGUUUAAUGUUGAUUGAUGUUGAUUUAUUAUUAAAUAGAAAAGGAAAAUAUCUUUUUAAAAAAAGCACAUAAACAAAAAUAUAUUUUUGUUUAACCAAAAUGUAUGAUAUUGAAAUAUUUGACAAAGACAAAAAUCGUUUAAGCAUUUCACCAGAAGAUCUCCACAAUAAGUGCAGAGUCUGUCUGACAAAAGAUGGCUUAUUUAAUAUCUUUGAAACCAAGGAAAAUGACCAUUUCUAUAGUGAUAUAUUGGCAGCUCUAUCCUUACUGCAGGUAGAUAAGACAGAUGGGAUGCCCCAAAGAGUCUGCCAAGUAUGUGGUGAUUUGGUCACAAAAGUUCAUACCUUCAAACAACAAAUACAAGCAUCUCAUGUUAUAUUACAAAUAGCAUUAGGACAAAUAAAUUUAAACAGUAUCGGAAAGCCAGAAAGUAAAUCGGAAUUUGAACACCCUGAUUUGUUACAAUUGGAUGUGCCCGAUUUACCAGAAGAUGAUAAAUUAGAUACUUGUGUGAAAGAUGAGGAGCAUGUUUUACAAUCAGGGACGGAGUAUUCUUGUUCGUUUUGUGGCCUAAAAUUUGAAACAAAAUCUGAGUAUAUUUUUCAUAGAAAACGAGAAGAAAGACAAAGAAGAACAAAACAAUCCUGUCCACAUUGUUCAAAAAAGUUUUUUACCUAUGAAUUAAAGGACCAUAUAAAUUCUCACACAAAAUCCAAACCUUAUGAAUGUGAGACAUGUGGUAUAAAGUUUGGUUAUAAAACAAGCUUAACAUUGCAUAAUUUAAGACACAAAUCUAACGAAAUCCCAAAGUUCUCUUGUGGAGAGUGCGGUAAAAAGUUUUUUACCAAACACACUUUGGGAGUGCACCAAAAGAUGCAUGGAGGGCCUCCAUACCUUUGUAAAAUUUGUCGUAAGAGUUUUUCCAAGAGAAAUGUUUUGAAGUUACAUAUGCGAUGCCAUUCUGGAGAACGGCCGUUUUUGUGUACUAACUGUGGUGCAAAUUUUUCACAACGAGGACAUUUGAAUACUCAUAUUAAACUUAAACAUAGCAGUGAAAAACCGUUCGAGUGUACCCAAUGUGAUAAAAAAUUUGCUAUAAAGAGCCACCUUACCGCCCACACCAGAACUCACUCAAAAGAAAAAUCUUUUUUGUGUACUGUGUGCGGGAAAAUGUUUCAACAAGAAAUUGCAUGUAAAGCUCACAUGCUGGGUCAUUCUGAGGAACCCGGAAUUUUGUGUAAUACAUGUGGACAGCUGUUUCCUACUAGAAUAAAUUUAUUCGAGCACAUAAGACAAAACCACGGGGAACUUCCAUUUAGUCCCGUGAACAAGAGACGUUGGCCUAGAGGUGUCAAAAUACGCAUGUGUGAACUGUGUCAAAAGCAGUUCGACAAAAAGAGCACUUAUGAGACUCAUAUGAGGAGCCAUACAGGAGAGAAACCUUUUUCUUGCAAAGAAUGUGGUAAAAACUUUACUCAGGCAUCUCACUUGUACUAUCAUAUGAAAUUACACAAUGGAGAAAAAGAUUUUAGUUGUCAAUUUUGCAAGAAAAGGUUCACACUCAAAGGUAAUCUUAUACAGCACAUCAGGACACAUACUGGAGAAAAACCAUUUCAGUGUGAUAUAUGUUUAAAAAAGUUCUGUGCACCUCAUACUUUGAGAAGACAUAAAAUUACUCAUAUGCCUGAUAGUAGUGUAAUUUAAGCAACUUAUGUAUAUUCAUAUGCCUGAUAUCAGUGUAAUUUAUGCAAGUUAGAUUGUCUGAUAAUUCAAUAUUCUUCGUGAUGUUUAGUGCACCCUAAAAGCAUCGAUUGUUAUGUUUUAAUUUUUAAACUUUUCGAUUUAUAAUUUUUUCAUAUUUUAUCCCUCCGUUUUUAAAUUAACCUAACCACUUUUUGUCGAAUUACAGUCCGUACAAUAUAGGUACUGUUGCAUGUCAUCCGCGUCAUAGCACGUGGCCUCACUUGAUACCAACACGAACUAUUUAAGUCGUAGGUGUGUUCCUUUUUAGAAUCGUUUAGCUGAGUACACUGGAAUUACAGUCACUAGACAUAUUUUAUUAUAUACGCAUGGAAAUAAUAUUGGAAGAUUUCUAUUAAUGUAAAUUUAAAGGAACAUAUUCUAACUUGUUUCAUUUAAUUUGUAUAAGUGGAAUAUAAAGCCUUUUUAUAAAGCACACUUGUUCGGAUACUCUAACUGCGAUCAAACAAAGGUGACAUUUUGGCAUAAUUUGUUAACAUUUAUUUGACAGUUGCGAUAUUGACACUUCGGAUUUGUUUUUAUUCUUUACUAUACGUAUUUGUUUUAUUAUAUUUAUUGAUUUUAUUAUUUACUUUAACGUAAGAUUAUAACUUAAUUCUUGUUUUCUGUUUCUAAUAGUUUGAUUUAUUUACAUUGAAUAUUAAUUUGCUUUGUUCACUUUGUUAUAUAAUCCACUUCGCAAUGAUUAUGUGAUAUAUUUGAUUUAAAAUGAAUUCAAGAAUUUUUUGUAAUUGGGCAACAAUGUCAACUUGAAUCUCUGACGUAGAUAAUGGGUGGAAUCGUGGAAUGCAUAAAAUGGAGUAGAUGCUGUUGCUUCAACAAAUAGUAUCUACUUUAUAGCAUUUUAUUUUACAUAAAAGUAUGUGCUUUUGCUGAAAAGAACAUACUACACAACAUAAGUACCUAAUACUGACCUGAAGUAUCUACUACUAAGCGUAGUAGUUAUAGUUUCAUUUUGUUACAAAGUUUUAGGUACUAAAUAAACAUGUUAUUUUGUUGUAUUUUUUGAUUAUAUUAUUGAACAAUAAUUCAACUCGGAGACCGGCCCUGGCAAGGUAUGGUUAAGUUAUACUGAUAUUGUACUCCUAAUUUUUAAUAAAAACAAGUGGUUUUAUUAAAUAGUUUUUUAAAAUUAAAGUGCUCAUCUACUAGAUACUACUACGUAAGUCAUCUAUACGUAAUUAUUAUUUUAUUAUUGUGAAAAGAAAACGUCAAAUAAGAAAUAUUCACCACCAUACAAUCAUUUUGUGAGGUUAGCUAGCAUGCGGUUGGUCUGUCACUUACCAGAGUCGGAGUGACGCUUUCGCCACCGCAGCUUAAAAUGACUUCACACAAUGUAAACACACCUUCCGAUCUAACCAGUCCAGUAAAUCAACUUUCGAAUACCACAAACAGUUAUGCAUCAGCCGCUUCACAUUAUUUUCCGAGUAAGACCCAAGCAAUUGUAUUUAGUUGUAUCGAUAAUGCUAAACUCCAUGAUUAUUUAAUUCCGUUGGGCACAAUCAUCAACCCAAAAAAUAUUAUUUUUUCAUCUAGAUUAUCUCAUAAUAGAAUCUGCAUGUAUUUGGCAAACAAAACCGUAGUAGAUAAUUUCAUGACACAACAUGGCUCUAUAGAAGUACUCGACGAAGUUAUAACAGCACGAAGACUUGUCUCUCCAGCAGAAAGACUAGUCUUGUCUGGUGUCUGCCCGUCAAUUCCUCAUCAAGUAUUAGUUGAAGAAUUACAAAAUAUCGGUUUAAAGCUUAUUUCCCCAAUAACAUUUCUGAAAAUUAGCUCGACUCUUCCCGAAUAUAGUCACAUAUUGAGCUUUCGGAGGCAAGUUUAUGUAAGCCUUAUAACAUCAUCAAUUCCAGAUUAUAUUCUAAUAAAUUUCGACCAAACACCUUACCGCAUAUUUUUGUCACAAUGUACACUUACCUGCUUUAUUUACAAAAAUACAGGACAUAUAUAUCAUCCCAAUGCAAUAACAGUUCAGUAACGGAAUCAACUCAUAUUUAUUCAAACAAUGAAGUACCAAAUCAAACAGCUCCAACAAGUAUAUUACACAAGGUACCAAACACUCAGCAGUCAUGAAGUUAUCCAUUAUCAAAUCCGAGCAUAUCACCUACACCUAAAAAUCUCCAUGACCAAGAAAUUACUAAUACUCCUACUCAUAGCAACACUUUCAAUCAACCUCAUUCAGCGGCAAUACCGUUUUCACAAACUUCGGAAGCAAUAUCCUCCAAUCUAUCAGCACCUCUUCCAUUAGAUACAACUGCAGAAAACUCUAAUAAAACUGAUACAUCACCACAAUUUUCUGAAACAACCUAUUCAACCAAUCUUACAAACAAAACUUCAAGCUCGACUUCUGCCACUACCAAUGAGUCUGCUCCAGAACUUCCAAAUAUAAUAAAGCCACAGCAUCUAAGUGAAUACUCUAAUAGCACUUGCGAAAACAAGUUCUUCCAUAAAACGCAGUAUUGGUGAGAUCGAUACGCCUCUUUCAGACUCAGAAAUUUCAUCACAAAAUCUGUUUGCAAAACCCAAAUCCUCUAAACCAAAAAAACCGCGCUCAUCUAAAGUCCCAUCUACACGGGAAACACUUGAAAAUUUUAUUGAUAAUCAUACCCCACCAUUCGUUUUAAAUUACAACCAAUUAUCCUUACUGAUUGAUAAUGUGCAAGGCUCCCCCGACACUAUUAGCGUCGUUAAAGAAUUUACAACUGAGAUGGCUGGUUUACUCGAUCUGUUACAAAGCAGCUAUCAAUAUGCAAAUGAUAGAUCUACAAAAACCUAGUUUACAAAACUUCAAAAGAAACUACACAUUCAUUUAGGGAAAGAGAGUUCUGACUUAGACAGUGACUCUUCUGUAGACAAUUGUUCAGUAUCAUCUAACUCCGAAUCUGUUAACAACAUUCAACUCGAUACUUCAAUGGAACAUUGAUGGAUUUUUCCAUCGUCUCCCUAUGCUACAGCUUCUUUUAUCUGAAUAUUCUCCAGAUAUUAUUUGUCUACAGGAGACAAACUUAAAGACCAAUCAGUUGUUCAAUUCAAAACAUUUCACUUGUUUCCGCAAAGACCGUACAGAUGCAAGUCGUGCAAGCGGUGUUGUAGCAAUAGCAAUCAUUUCUUCAGAAAACAAUCUUCUCCGUUUAGGAGCGGCCGUGAGUAACGGCAUAAACGCUGGCCUCAUACGCCAGUAGACGUGGGUUCGAGCCCUGCCAAAGACAAACCAUUUUCAUUUCCAAUAAUGACACGAGCUGUCUCACCGUGCCUCGGAGAGCACGUAAAGCCGUCGGUCCCCCUGGGCUAGUGUACAUCGGCACUAGUUACUUAAAACAGGGUUAAAGAUGUAAAUGGCGCCGGAACUAUCCGAAAGGAUCUCCCCGGCAAAAAUGCCAUACGAUAUUAUUAUAUUCUCCGUUUAACCCCAGCAUGUAGCACACUACGCCAUAUACCGUGCUGUGAAACUUCUUAACGAGCUUACACUCACAAAAGCCCUGAUCAUUACAGAUUCCCUUAGCUCUCUAAACUCAUUAAAACACAUUUUUCCGAAACAUCUUUUUGAAAAGUUGCUAAAAUACAAGCUGUCCCAAGCUCAUGAACAUGGAAGAAGCGUCCAAUUUGUAUGGGUUCCCUCACACGUCGGAAUAACAGGAAAUGAAGAAGCUGACAGGACUGCAUGAGAGGCAAUUUUAAGUGAUUUUUGGGAGCCGAUAAAGUGUGUUUCCAGUGACUUAAAAGCUUAUUUUAAAAAUAAAGUGUUGUGUUUGUGGCGAAAUGAGUGGUCUCAAAAUAAUUCUAAGCUGUGACGAGAACAAAUUGUGGUUGCGCGUUUACGUCUAGGACAUACCAGGUUAACGCACUCUUACCUUUUUACAAAGAAUAAUCCACCUAUAUGUGAUCAGUGUAACGUCCUAUUAACAGCCGAACACUUUUUAAUAAGUUGUAGUAAAUAUGACCAAGAAAGACAGCGCUACAAUAUUCCAAACGCUCUACCAGAGGCUCUAGGUCAAAACUGUUCCUAUGACAAUAUAGUCAAUUAUCUAAGAUCCAUAAACAUUUUGUAGAAUCUGUAGUUGUUUACUUUUGUUAUUUAUAUUUUGUUCCGUCGCUAAUAACCUUUUGGUGGAUGCGACUUCUUUUUCUAAUAAAAAAAAAUAAUUCAACUCGCUCGUAAGGGUUAAGUGGCAUUUUUUGGGUUUUAAUUAUUAGAACAAAAAUCAAAGUAUUCAUUACGAAUUUUUUAUUAGACUAUGUAUCUAUAUAUGGUAAUAAUAUGUGUAUGUAUUAGUUGGCAUUAGGAAAUAUAGCCUCCGCAACGUCGUUUCUACGUUGUAUGUCUCGAUUUCGACUGUGUGCUUGAUUACCUUCAGGUAUCAGUUGAUUUGCAUCUUGCACUACCAUUUGAACUGGAUCAAAAUCAUGGUAUGGAUCCUGCAGAUGUUUAGAUAUGUUGUGAAGUACAAAUGCACCUACAAUAUGUUUUGGAAUGUUUUCAGUUUUAGGCGAAAAGUAUACUGUAGCAUUGGAAAACGCCUUUUUAACUGACCAAAACAGCGCUCGACGACGCAACGUUCGUUCAUAUGAAUUACAUUAUAAUUUUCUUGAAUAGGUGUGGUUAAAAGGUGUUAACAACCACGGUGCAAACCAUAUCCUUCAUCACCUAACAAGGCUGCUCCUUGCACAUUAUUAUACAUAAUUCUAAAUUCGAUGCACUACUGAAUUUAGUGCAGUCCAAAUUCGACUAAAGUGCACGGAGCCUGGCCAACUCGCAUCGACACUGGUAAACAUUUCUUUGGCGUUACAAGUAGCUUGUACAUUUAUUGAACAUAGGUACUCCUGUUCUAUUCACGUAUUCUUCACCGUGGAUACGUGGCUUUGUUAUUUUAACGUGGGUACAAUCAAUAGCACCUAUAACAAUGUGCAUGUUCUUAUUGGUAUUUGCCCACUUAUUGAUAGCCACUCCUAACUCGUUAGUAUUAGGAAAUGUUUUCCAGGUAUUUCUCUUUGAGUGAAUUGCUUCUGAAACAGUGAUCAAGGUUCUGGAUACAGUACUUUGGUUAACAUUUAAAUCAACAGCAACUCCUUGCUGAUAUCCAGGAUCUCAUGAAAAGAUAAUAUUUAUAUUUUUUAAAUUUUACAAUAUUUAAAAAAAUAACCUAAACUUCUCAAAAAGAUCUCCAUUUUCCGAGUGGGUGACAAGGCUCAAUCUCUUGUUUCUUGUUCCGAUGACGGAAUCAUCAUCGUCAAGAAAAUGAUUAGCAAGCCAUUGUACAUUUUCUCUGUUGAAUCUAAAACAAAAAUUAUGAAAGUAACUUGAUGUUAUAUUAAUAAUAAUAAUAUACCUACAUAUAUGAAUAAAACUGCACGAUUCAUAAUAAUUACCUAAAUAUUUUACGAUGAAUAUUGUCAUUGUAUCUUCUUCCUAGUUUGUAGAUUUUUCUACGACGCGCAUUCAUAAAUAUAUUCAUUUUGCAACAAAAAAUACCUACAUCGAAGUCUGUCAUCCACCAACUUCAACUGUAGCAAAUACUACUAAACUAGCAAAUACUUCAAAAGCGUAGUACAUUCUUCUAUGUAUCUGGUAAAUAGUAGCAUAUGCUACGGAGGAAAGUAAAUUCUUUGUCAGUGUAGUAAAAACUUCAAAAAUAUAGUACAUACUUGAAGCAUUAGCAGAUACUACGUUUUAUGCAUUCCACCCAAUGACGUGCAACGGUAUGUAUAUUGUAUUCGUCUCAUAGUGUUGAGGUUAAAUUAAGGAUAGUGAUUAUAUUGUAUUGUCGCAUUUAUGUUUCUCGUUUUUAAUGAUAGCUAGGUGUGAAAUAUUAUAUUCUGUUACCUACCUAGUUCCAUAUUUAUACCUACAUAUAUUUUCCCUAUCUUUAUGAUACUGUCAUUUACAGUAUACUACACUCACCAGCAAAAUUAACCGCCCACCUUGUAUUUCAUUCAAUUUGCAGAAAUUUUCAAUUUUGGACCACAUUUUAUGAAAGAUCCGGUGAAAACUACCUACCUUUGAGGAAAAGAAAACAAUAAGAUUAUUAAAAAAAUUCGUUUAUUAAGGGAUACUUAACAAAAAUUCAAUGUUUGAAAACUUUUGAAGAAAAUUACACCAAACAUAAUUUUGAAUAUAAUAGCUUAAUUAAAAAAAUAUGAGUAUAAAUAAUGGGUGUUGUCACCUCUGGCCCUUAGGACUUCUUGGAGCCGGUGCGGAAAUCCAUUCAUGAUAUCCUUUAUAUCCGAUUGGGGGAUAUUGUGCCACUCCUCUACCGCAGUCUUCUUAAGUUCUCUGAAGGAUGGCCCUCUGGGCUGGUACUCUUGCUCCUACCCGUUUUUGGAGGUUAUCCUAAAUAUGUUUAAUUGGGUUAAGAUCGGGACUGAGUACCAGCCAUGGUAAAACUUGAAUCUCGAUCUCGACCUUAUUAAGGUACUCGCAGGUGAAUCUUGCGGUAUGGCAACGUGUGUUAAUAUAAAGAAUUCACCAAUGAACGGUGCGAAAAGUAUGACAUGAUCUGGAAGAACUUCUUCCACGUAUCUUUGAGUAUUCACACUACCUCUAUCGAACACAACAAGAUCAGUACGAGCUUUGAAAGAGAUGCCUCCCCAAAUCAUUAUUUACCCUCCUCGGUAAGCCACUGUUUUGGUUAUAGUGCAUGGAGCAAACCAUUCAUUUUGACGCCUGUAGACACGCUGACGUCCAUCUGGGCCUCUUGGGGCCAUUCUGCUCUCAUUUAAGAACAGUAAGUUCUUCCAUUCCGCCACAGUCUAGUCAGCAUAUUCUCUCACAAUACCAAGUCUUGCUCUACGGUGUUGUGGGGCGGGAGCUGGACGGAAAGCCCUCAAAUUUCUUCCUGCCAGUCGUCUUCUAAUGGUACGUUUACUCACUAACAUUUCUCACCUCAAAAAGACGCGUACCAGCGUGAGGAGCGGUACAAAAGCGAUUUUUCACACUUUGCUGACAAUGAAGUAGUCAUCUCGAAUGUGUAGUGCAUCAAUGGAAGCCUUGACCUGGCCUGCGGGUGUAUGAACCUGUCUCCCGAAAUCGUCUGAGAGUAUCCUGUACCAUAUUUCAGCCGAAUACUUUAGUGAGACAAAUAAAAAGGGAACACUGGCAGAGUUUCUCAAAACAGAUGGAGCACGACUUCUACGGAACACAAAAAGAAGUAUGGAGAAUGAUCAGAAGACAAAGAAAGGAGAUCAAUGAAUUAAUAAAACCGAAACACAUUCAGAAGGAAACAUGGUCAGACUACUUCCGAUCUCUAUUUGCUAAAGCCAACGAAAAUGAAUCACCAACACCUGAAGUUACGACAAACGAAGAAAUAAACAUCGAGGAAGGGGAGAUAAAGGAAGCAUUAAGAAAACUAAAAAAUAGAAAAUCUUCAGGAGAGGACAGAAUAUCGAACGAACUCAUAAAGUACGACGGACAAGAUCUGACUAAACAACUAUUAAAACUAAUACAAAAAUAAUAUACAAAACAGAAUACCACAAGAAUGGAGAUCAAGCAUUAUAAUACCUCUCUUCAAAAAAGGAGACAAAUCGGACCCGGAGAAUUACAGAGGAAUUAACUUAUUAAACACAACAUUAAAAUUAACAACCAAACUGAUAACAAAUAAACAGAAUGAAAUUAUUACAUUAGCAGAAGAACAACAAGGUUUUAGGUCGGGAAGGUCAUACACUGACGCUAGGAUGAAGCAAGUUCAAAAGAAAUCGUUAGAAUACAACAAACCGGCAUAUUUAUGUUUCGUGGACCUUAAGAAAGCUUUUGACAGGGUCAAAUUAAAGGACUUUAUCCAUUUGUUAUACUCAAGAGAGGUACCUCCAGGAAUAAUUAAAACGAUCGAAAACAUCUACUAGAACAACACAAUAAAAGUAAAAGUAGAUGAACUAACUGACCCAAUUGAAACCGGCAAUGGGAUAAGACAAGGGGAUUCCUCGAGUCCUUUAUUGUUCAACCUGAUCAUGGACGAAAUAAUAAAAAAGUAAGAACUAAAAAAGGAUACCAAAUGGGAGAAAAACAACUUAAAAUAAUCUGCUAUGCAGACGACGCAAUAUUCUUGUUCUCAUGAUCAUUUUUCAGUGCGUCAUUAAUUAUGAUGUCACAUACUGUAUUGGGUGUGUCGAGACUUAUUUCAUGUAAUUAUUGACGAAUCUGACAGAUGCCAGAAUCGUACUUCGCCAUAGGUGAAAAGCUUGUGGAAUUAAACUAAUUAGUAAUUUAGUAGAUUUGAUUUUUACACAAUAUGUUAACAUGUAGGUAUUUUUUAUAAAGGGCAAUAAAAUUAAAAAGUAAACAAUAUUGUUAAUUAAAUUUAUAAAUAUGGAAACAUUAAAAAAUGACACAAAACUAUCCAUAAACUGUGUUAUUAUCUUCUUCUCUAGGUGCUGUCUCCGCUUCAAAAGUUGGCAAUCAUCAGAGAGAUCUUUAUUUCUGAAACCGCGGCUCUAAAUAAUUCAUUGUUAUUACAUCCAAACCAGUUCCUAAGGUUCUUCAGCCAUGAGUUACGUCUCCUUACUAUGGAUCUUUUUUUUUGUAUAAUGACCUGGAGUAUUAGAUAUACAUCUCGCAUCACAUGUCCCAUAUAUCUCAGUUUUCUUCUUAUUUGUUAGUUCUUCUCGUUCCCUAUGCGUAAGUCUCAUUACCUCCACGUUGGCUAUUCUAUCUACUCAUGAGAUUUUUAGCACUCUUCGGUACAUCUCGAAUGUCUCUAGUCUCCUCACGCCAAUGACUAACUUUUAACGAACUAAAUUCUAAACCAAAACACAAAAUAAUGCACAAAAACGUUGUGAAACACAAGGGAAGUCGAAUUCGAAUUUCAAAAUGACAGGUACACAAAAUACUGACCUGAAUAAUAACCGUCACUUGACUCUUUGACACUUCUAAAAAAUGGCCAAAAUGGACGAAGUUUUCGUCAAAUGUUCGUAAUACGAGUAUUUGAUUGGCUAGAAAAAACGCGCAUUCUAAAUAUCAACGAAUCAAACGUAGGUUAGGAAUAGACAUCUUAUGUAUAUAACCAUUGUAAUGCUGCAUUAUUUUUAUGUUUAAUCACGGAGCUACCGUUUUUUCCGUCUCAUCUAACUUAAUGCAUUAGAGAGAAAUCUAAAAACUGUGACGCACUGAAAAAUGAUCAUGAGAACAAGAAUACUAAUCUCUCAAGUGAAGCCGAUUUACAACGUAUGCUGCACCAAUUUAAUAAAACCGCCAGAAAAUUUAACAUGUUAAUCUUCCCAAAAAAAGAUAAAAUGCAUAGUUAUAACAGCAAAUAUAUGUAAAUUGGAGCUGGAGGUUCAGAUAAUAGAACAAGUGAUGGAGUUUAAAUAUCUAGGCAUCACACUAUCUAGCUACGGAAGGCUCGAAACAUAAGUAGAAGAUCAAGUGAAUUGAGCAAACAGAGCUGCAGGUUGCCUGAAUGACACAAUAUGGAGAAAUACAAAUGUCGGAAAGGAAAUGAAAGGCAGAAUUUACAAAACAGUCAUCAUAACAAUAAUGACAUACGCGGCAGAAACACGACUCGACACAGAGAGGACAAAAAGGUUACUCGAAACAGCGGAGACGAAAACCCUCCGAAAAAUCGAUGGUAAGAGUAUGGGACAGGGCUAGAAGUACAGAUAUACGACGGAGAUGCAAGGUGGACAACAUUAAUUACUGAGUAAGAAACAGAAGAAUAGAAUGGAAUGACCACAUAAAGUACAUAAACCGAAUGCCAACAAAUAGAGUAGUAAGGACGGCGAGAGACGGUUCCCCAAUAGGAAGAAGAUCAGUAGGAAGACCGUGAUUACGAUGGAACGACAACUUACUAGAAGCACUUUGAAAAAACAGACAGUCAUGUCUAUACAAAAAGAAGAAGUAUUUGAGCCACUACAUCCUACAGAGAGCUCAAGACGGUUGCGGUAGAGGAUUGACACAAUAUCCCCCACUCUGAUAUCCAGGAUAUCAUGAAUGGAUUGCCAAACCGGCUCCAAGAACUCGUAAGAGCCAGAGGCGGCAACAACCAUGAUUAAUACUCACAAUUUUUUUAAUUAGACUAUUAUUUUCAAAAAUAUUAUGUUUGUUUGAAUUUUCUUCAAAAUUUUUUAAUCAAUGGAUUAUUGCUAAGCAUCCAAACGACUCUUUUUCAAUAAUUUUAUUGUUUUCUUUUCUUCAAAGGUAGUUUUCACCAUAUGUUUCAUAAAAUGUGCUACAAGAUUGACAAUUUCUGCAAAUUGAAAGAAAUACAAGCUGGUGAUUAAUUUUGCCGGUGAGUGUAUCUACGGCCUAUAUUUUGGCACUAACAUAAUUUUUAUUAUUUUGUUUUGCUGCCUGUGCAGUUUUUUUAAUAUAAGUAUGUCAUUUUUAUUUUUUUAACUAUGGCUCUCAAUUUGCUCAUUUUUCUUAUUUAAGUGCCUUAUUCUGUCCUAGAGCAUUGACGAAUAGUUACAGUAUCUUUACUUUGUGCGCAGCGGACAUAAAUAGUGUCUUGGUGCUGAUUCCAGACCACUGGCUGAGGUCCUUGACACAGAACGGUUUUUCUCUUCCAGGACUAUGUUUUUCUUCUAUUUUCAUGCUUGCAGUACUCAUGAGAAUACAUGCUUUCAUUCCAUAGAAUAUAAUGCUGAAGACAUAAAACAUAAUAAACAUGAGAAACACGAGAAUUCAAUGUUCUUAUUCAACGUUCUGUUGGUUAAUAUAUUUUGCAUCUACUUAAAUGGUGUUGUGUUGCUCCUCUAUUUUAUUUUCUGAGAUACGUACCAUUUUUCAUUCAACCUACAGCCCAAAUAUUUACAUAAUUAUGCUCUCUCCAAUAUUUCUCCAUCUAUCCUGAUGUCAGCUAUAGAGCGUUUCACGUUAAGAAUAGAACAUUGCGCAGAUAGAUAGCCCCAUGUAUUUCUUACGAACGAUAGAAGCGCGCGGAUGCCACGCUGUACUGACUAGAAUGAAUCGUAUAUCGGCAGUCGAGUAUCCACCCGUGCGCGAGAGGUUUGGCAACACUGAUCUCCAUAAGCGUAACGUUCUAUUCUUAACGUGAAACAAAGUAUAGAUUUUUGUUAUGGCUGAUGACUAUCCAUUUGGUUUUGUUUGUCCAUAUUUUGUUUUUCGUUUUGCUUUUUGUGAGACAUGCCGAUACUUUCUACCUUGAUUUUACUAUUAACUCACAUCAAUAGUGCAAAUGCUUCAUGGUCCUCUGAUAUUUGAACUCUAUUGUUCAUAUUUACUUGUAUAAUUUUUUUAUACCCCUUAUCAAUUUUUAUAUGAAUAUAUUAUAAUAAUUAUUAGACCAUCAUCCAUUUAUUUAAUCAUUAUUUUGUAUUUUUACAAUGUAUGUGCGAUCUAAAUUAAUGUACGUAUUAAAGUAUUCGAAUAUA